GAAGUUUCUUGCAAGUGGAGGUCAUCCUCAGUCUGAUAAGAUUUGAGUUAAUAAAGAAUGGAUCAAAGAAUUGUUCAAUCGUAUCAUAUUGAUAGUUAAAGGAGUGAAUCAUUGUCUUCAUAUGAUUAUGACAAAUCCUUCUAACGUGGUCGAGGUAUCAAAGUUGCUACUUCCCACAUAUCAAAAUACUAGUACCAAAACUCAAAAACGCUAUGAAAGGCACCAGUCAAUUUCUUAGUUGAACUUAAUUUUUAGUUCGUGAAGAUCGGCUCUGUUCCAUAUACAUAUACUUCAAGUUCCAAUCCGAUCCUCUUUCAAGAUGGUUCACAUUGAGAUCCGGAAUAAAGAAUUCGCCAUGAUUUCAAUUUCAACAACUGGAGCAAAAUCAGUAUUAAGUGGUGCACUCUUUGGUGCAGCACUUACUGCAGCAGGAGUUUAUUCUCCCACUGUAAUCAUAUCGCAGAUGAAGUUGGAAUCUUUUCAUAUGCUGAAAGUAUUUCUAUCAGCAAGUGCUACUAGCGCUGCGAUAUUUCUCCUCGCUCAUCGUCUCUCACCAAGUAUCGCUCCUCCUCGUCAACCCUCUUCUCUAUCACUAUUUCCUUACGAUGGUAACCUCAUCGGAGGUCUUCUUCUCGGUACCGGUAUGGCACUCACGGGCGCCUGUCCCGGAACCGUUCUCCCUCAAGUCGUAACCGGUUAUUCAUCCGGACGUUACGCCUUCCUCGGAGGGAUCCUUGGCGGAAUCAUAUAUUCUUUCAUCCGUCCCUUCAUCCGUUCUCCCAGCACACAUCCCAUCGUCCCCGAUUCCAAACCAACACUUUAUCAGAAACUCGACCCCAAAGCCGAUGAAAUAAAAGCAGUAUACAUCUAUCAAAAUUUCUGUUGGGGAAUCAUUCUUCUUGCUUCGUGGCUCUCAAAUUCACAGGAACAAAGUUUGUUGAGUGCGACGUGGGGAGGCAUUGGUAUCGGGUGUGCGCAGGGAGCAAGUCUUUGGCUGACUGGGAACACGUUGGGGACUAGUGCUGCUUAUGAACAAAUUGGGGAUUUAUUUUGGUGGGGAGUGGGAAAGUUGAAGGGUGGUGAUAUUAUUUCUUCUGAAAAGGUUUAUGAGAAUGGAAACGCAAACGGUGUAUCGAAACGCCAGUCUCAACAUAAAUCCCGCCCCUCUAUCCGCUCAAACCUCUUCACCAUCGGCAUCCUCCUUGGUGCUUAUAUCAUUUCUCAUACUUUUACACUACCAUCAUCACUUCCCUCCUCUCUACCCAAAGUAUCCCUCGACGCACCCGCCAUCCCAGAAAUAUCAAUAAUCCAUGCACUUCUAGGAGGCAUAGCUAUGGUCCUCGGUGCACGCAUAGCAGGUGGUUGUACGAGUGGACAUGGUAUCAGUGGAAUGAGUCUAUUGAGUGUUAGUAGUAUUAUUAGUGUGGGAGCUAUGUUUGGGGGCGGUAUAUUAUGGGGCACUCUUGUUGGAUGAUGGCGUUUGUGAGGGAGAGUUGUCAAGGAAAGAUCUAAAGAGCAGAGUAGAGGAAACAUUAUAAUGGUUUUGGGUUAGAGACUGGGCUUUGGUGAUAUAUCACUGGCAAUGGGGAUUUUGAUCGAAUACUAAGAUUGAGCUAGACUUGGACUGGGAAUACUAUCUACAGCUACUCGAAUAACCAACUUGGAGGGGAAGAGAGGAAGGGAAAUGGAACGUAAAUAUAAAUGGGGGAGUGGCUAUACUCAGUUUGUCUGCUUGCUUGCUUACCUUAAUUCUUCAUUGCACACUUCCAUACUCACUCACUUUGUUCACUUAUUUUCAAUUGUGUGUUAGCAUGAGACGAAUGCUUCCAAUGACUCUAACGUUCAUGAAACGCACCGGAGAGGUCAUUAGAUUCUGGUUUUUUGGGAGAGAGAUAUGAGAGUGAAGCGGGCUUUGGUUGUUGUUACUAUUUGUCUAGUAUGACGGCACGGAUAAAAUGAGUAUCUAGCAUAUAUCAGUCACGCGAGUGAUAUGAGGAAGUUUGUUUAUGAGGAUCAAGUUAUUCAAUUUCA